AUGGCGAAGAAAGGAAAGAAGCAACAAAGCUACGGCGACUGGAGCGACAGUGAGGAGGAGAGCAUGGACACGACUCCCCAGAACCUCGACGGGACCCCUGCUGUGGAGGACAAGGCUGCUGGGGCUGCUGAUGUGCCCAAGGGCGAUGAGAGCGCCUCUGCGACCCCCGAGCCCACCCCUGCCGCUCCCGAGGAGGCCACUAUGGACGAUCUUGCCGACGAAUUCGAGGGCGGAGGACUGAUGGGAGCGCUGCGAAAGUCCAAGAAGAAGAAGGACGCGCGAGACGCCAAGGACGCAAAGGCCGAGCCCGAGGAGGCUCCUGUGAUUCUGACCAAGAAGCAGAAGGACAAGCUCAAGAAGGAGCAGGAGAAGGCCAAGAAGAAGGCUGCUGCCGACGCACGAAAGGCCGCUGCCGACGCAAAGGCUGCUGAUAAGAAGGCCAAGGGAGAGGACAAGAAGGAGGACAAGAAGGAGGACAAGAAGGUCGAGUCCAAGUCUCCUGAGCCCGAGGCCGCCCCCGCCGCCCCCGCCAAGAAGCUGACUGGCCGAGCUGCUGCUAUUGCCAAGAUCAAGGCCCAGCAGGAUGCCAUCAAGGCCCAGGAAGCCGCUAUGGCUGCUGCCGAGGAGGAGGAGCGAGCUGCCGAGGAGGCUGCCCAGCGAGCUGUUGAGGAGGCCGAGAAGGAGAAGGAGGCUGCACGGCUCGCCAAGAAGGAGCGAGAACGACAGAAGGUCGAGCGACAGAAGGCUGAGGGUACUUAUAUGACCAAGAAGCAGAAGCAGGAGCGAGCUGCCGCCGAGGCUCGACGAGAGCAGAUGCUGGCUGCCGGAAUGAUUGUUGGCGGUGGACGAGCACCCGCCAAGCAGACCAACAACAGACUGCCCACCAGAACUCCUGCCCAGAAGCAGCCCAAGGUUGAGGACAAGGUUGUUGAGAAGCCCAAGGAGGUCAAGAAGGAGGCCGAGUCUCCCGAGGAGGACGAUGUUGACGCCCUUAUGGACGACUGGGAGACUGCCCUGGACUCUGACGGAGAAGUCAAGGACGACUGGGAGGCCAUGGCCGACGAGAAUGGCGAGAUUGAAAUCACCAAGAAGGAAGACCCCUCCAUCAAGGCCAAGGAGGAGGCUGAGGCUGCUGCCAAGGAAGCUGAGGCCCAGGCUGCCGCUCUGGCCCGUCAGAAGGCUGCUGAUGAGGGCACCCAGCUCAACGACGAGACCGAGCUGGAGCGACAGCGAGUUGCUGCCGAGGAGGCUCUUGAAGAGGCCCGACGAAAGUCUGCUGCCAUUGCCGAGAAGCGUGCCGCCAAGCACUCGCGAGCCAUUGCAUCUGCCAAUGCCGGAAACCUGCGAUCUCCCAUUUGUUGUAUUCUGGGCCACGUCGAUACCGGUAAGACCAAGCUUCUGGACAAGGUGCGACAAACCAACGUGCAGGAGGGCGAGGCUGGAGGUAUUACUCAGCAGAUUGGUGCCACCUACUUCCCUAUCGAGGCCAUCAAAAAGAAGACGGAGGUCAUGGAGCAGUACGGCGAGAUUGACUACCACGUGCCUGGUCUGCUGGUGAUCGAUACCCCCGGUCACGAGUCUUUCACCAACCUGCGAUCCCGAGGUUCGUCGCUGUGUAACAUUGCCAUCCUGGUGAUUGAUAUCAUGCACGGCCUCGAGCCCCAGACCAUUGAGUCCAUCAAGCUGCUGCGAGACAAGAAGACGCCCUUCGUGGUCGCUCUCAACAAGAUUGAUCGACUCUUCGACUGGGAGGCCAUCCCCAACAACUCGUUCCGAGAUUCGCUCUCCAAGCAGAAGAAGUCUGUGCUGCGGGAGUUUGAGGACCGACUCGAGAAGACCAAGACCGCUCUUAUGGAGCAGGGUCUCAACUCUGAGGUCUACUACAAGAACAAGAACCUGGCCAAGAAUGUGUCUCUGGUCCCCACCUCCGCCAUCACCGGCGAGGGUAUUCCCGAUCUGCUCGCUCUUCUGCUGCAGCUGACUCAGAGCCGAAUGUCCAAGCAGCUCAUGUACCUGUCUGAGCUCGAGGCCACCGUUCUGGAAGUCAAGGUUGUCGAAGGUUUCGGAACCACCAUCGAUGUUGUUCUGUCCAACGGUGUCUUGCGCGAGGGUGACCGAGUCGUGCUUUGCGGUCAAAACGGCCCCAUUGCCACCAACGUCAGAGCUCUACUCACUCCCCAGCCGCUCAGAGAGCUGCGAAUCAAGUCUGCUUACCAGCACCACAAGGAGGUCAAGGCUGCUCUCGGUGUCAAGAUUGCCGCCAACGACCUGGACAAGGCCGUGGCUGGUUCUCGUCUGCUGCUUGUGGGUCCUGAUGAUGAUGAGGAGGAACUCAUGGACGAUGUCAUGGACGAUCUUACCGGCCUCCUUGACUCCGUUGACAAGUCUGGACGUGGUGUGUGUGUCCAGGCUUCCACUCUUGGUUCCCUGGAGGCUCUUCUCGACUUCCUCAAGGAUAUGAAGAUCCCCGUCAUGUCCAUUGCUCUAGGUCCCGUCUACAAAAAGGAUGUGAUGCGAGCCACCACCAUGCUGGAGAAGGACAAGUCGCUGGCCAUCAUGCUGUGUUUCGACGUCAAGAUCGACAAGGACGCCGAGCGAUAUGCUGACGAGCAGGGUGUCAAGCUUUUCUCGGCUGAUAUUAUCUACCAUCUGUUUGACGACUUUGUCAAGCACCAGAAGAAGCUGCAGGAGCAGAAGCGACUGGACACCAUCGACAAGGCCGUUUUCCCUUGUGUUCUGCACACUGUCCAGAUCAUCAACAAGCGAUCGCCCAUGAUCAUUGGUGUCGACGUUGUUGAGGGCUCUCUGCGAAUUGGAACCCCCAUCUGUGCCGUUAAGACCAACCCCGAGACCGGUGCACGAGAGGUGCUCGAGCUCGGUAAGGUGACUUCCAUGGAGGUGAACCACAAGUCCGAAUCUGUUGUUCGAAAGGGCCAGACCAACGCUGGUGUGGCUAUGCGAAUCGAUACUUCUUCCGGACAGCCUACUUGGGGCCGACACAUUGACGAGAAGGAUGUUCUGUACUCGUCCAUCACCCGAAAGUCCAUUGAUACUCUCAAGGACCCCGUUUUCCGAAACGACGUGCCCCGAGAGGACUGGCUGUUGCUCAGAAACCUCAAGACUACUUUUGGAAUCAAAUAA